CUUCUUUCUCAUGGAUUUGACAGGCAGUCAACUUUUGUCUGGAAAAAAGUUAUCAUUUCAGAGGACAGUAAGUUUUAGUAGAAUAGCCACAUCAACAUUGCGUUGUUACGCCCCUUUCACCUUUUCUCACUCCGGAUCAGUCCGGCUUAAGCUCUCGGCGCGAACGCACCGGUCCCAACGUCUUGCGGUUUCCCGCCAAAAAAGAUGCCGCGGCCUAAGCAACAGACUAGAGAAGAAAGGUUGGAAAAAAGGAGGUUGUAUGAAAGAAGAAGAAAAGAGAGAAUUAAGAGCAAUGAAGUCUCACGCGAAGAGUUUUUGAGAAAAGACAGAGAAAGGUAUGCCAGAAAAAAAGCAGCGGGAUUAAUUGUUUCAAGGCAUCUAAUGACCCCUAAAAAAUUAAGAAUUCUAAGAAGAAAAAACAAAAUAAGUGCUGCUGCUUAUUACCAAAGAAAAAAAAAUAGAGCAGCUCCAGCUCCUAUAGCGGCUCGUGCUAACCCUCUGGAUGAGACAAUUGGGGAUCAAAGUGAUGGUCCUGGACUAAGCACUUCCUGUCACAGUUCCUUCUUGCCUACUUUACGGCGCAGCUUACGAUUGAACAGCAAUAGUAUUAGUACGAAUAUCCAAAUCCAACGUUCUAAUACUACAGAAGCUAGAAGCUUUCAUCGGGUAUACACAAGCAGUCCACGACAAACCCUGCUAUCAACGCAUCAAAAUUUUGUAAAUUUUGACUAUAGCAAUCCUGGUCCAAGCACUUCUCAAGGGAAUCCAUCUUCGGCUCGGCGCUGCUUGCCGAUGAAUAGCGAUAGUACAAUUGGUUCCAAUAUUCAACAUCAUAUUGAUGACAAUGUAGUAACUGGCACUCAUUGUGUACAACCAAGUGGCGUACAACGGUUAUUGUAACCUCAAAGAAUGAUAUAUGUAAUAAUACUAACUGUAAUAUCUGUAUAUUAAUGAUGAUAUUAAAAAAACUGUGUACUGUCCUG